AUGGAGCAGGCUACGGAGCUCUCUGAAAAGUUAAAACACUUGAUAUACUCUGGCGUCAUCAAAGCUUUGAAAGACAUAGAUGUGGAAGAGUUUGUAAAAGUUUGCGAUCUUCCGUUUCCGGGUCUAAUCAUAUUUCAGCGACCUGCGUCGAUGCUGAUCGACGAUCUCAGCAGUCAUCGGCUAACCAUAAAUCGAGAAAUGGAUGAGCAAGUGCUAGUUGUAACGCCGAUAGCUCGAUUCAUAUCCUUGGUUCACAGUUUCGUUACUGGCAGUCUCGAAGCUACUCCCGACAUUGAACCGAAGAUGAACCUGGCGCAGUUUGCGGACGAACUGCUAGCAACUUUUCUACCGAAGCGAAUUAAAUUGACUUUUGUAGUUUUCAACAUUGACAGCUACUACAAAGAGUUAAAACUGUUGGAGAGUGCGAUGGUUAAAAAUGCUAUUACUGGCAAGAGCGAAAAUGUAACUGCUAAGAAGUACCCGAUAUUGAAUAGUUGUCGUGUCACCGUCAACAGGGAACAGGUAAUGCAGGCGACGGUCAGACUUCAGGUGACCCAUCGCGUGACGUUUAUUUGGCCAAGUUCGCCGGCACAGCUCUCCGAGAUAAUUCUUGCGUUUGCUAAGGCCAUCAGCGAACGCCAGAGCAGACAGAAGACUCAUUCAUUUUCAUUCUUGCCUGAAGGCGAGCUGGCUCAGGGAGUCAGAGUGGACGCGUCCGGCAAAGGAUUGCGCGAAGUGUGGAAGCGAGCAUUGCUGCAGUGCUUCGGUGUCUCGUUUCAGGACGGCGCUGAGGCGAUCGCAUACAGAGCAUGCCACAACGAGCUCGAGAAGCAGUUGCUUUUGGCCAAUAUCAAGAUUCGAACUAAGAACAAUUUCAGUCGAAGACUCGGAGAUGUUUUUUCCAGAAAGGUUUACCUGGCGAUGACGAGCAAAGAUCCGUGUUUGAAAAUCGUGUGA